AUGAACACGUCAUCGCAAUUCCAGCAGCUGGAGAAGCUCGGAGAAGGCACGUACGCCACGGUGUACAAGGGCCGCAACCGAACCACGGGCCAGCUUGUGGCGCUCAAGGAAAUUAACCUGGACAGUGAAGAGGGCACGCCUUCCACGGCCAUCCGAGAAAUCUCGCUGAUGAAGGAGCUUAAGCACGAAAACAUUGUGACGCUGUACGACGUGAUCCACACGGAAAACAAGCUGAAUCUGGUGUUUGAGUACAUGGACAAGGAUCUCAAAAAGUUCAUGGACACCAAUGGCAACAAGGGCGCGCUGGAGACCAAGCAGGUCAAGUGGUUCAUGUACCAGCUACUCCGUGGCAUUCUCUUCUGCCACGACAACCGGGUUCUACACAGAGACCUCAAGCCCCAGAACCUGCUCAUCAACGCCAAGGGACAGCUCAAGCUGGCUGACUUUGGUCUGGCCCGAGCGUUUGGAAUCCCCGUUAACACCUUUUCCAACGAGGUCGUGACGCUGUGGUACCGGGCUCCGGAUGUGCUCCUUGGAUCCAGAACCUACUCCACCUCCAUCGACAUCUGGUCUGCAGGCUGCAUCAUGGCCGAGAUGUUCACUGGCCGGCCUCUGUUCCCCGGAUCUUCCAACGACGACCAGCUGCAACACAUUUUCAAGCUCAUGGGCACGCCCAACGAGAGCACGUGGCCCAAUAUCUCGUCGCUGCCCAAUUACCGAUCCAACUUCCAGGUCUAUGCUCCCCAGGACCUCCGAGUCAUCAUCCCCCAGAUUGAUAACGUGGCGCUAGAUCUGCUCUUGUCGCUGCUGCAGCUCAAGCCGGAGAACCGAAUCACGGCUAGACAGAGUCUUGAGCAUCCUUGGUUUGCCGAGUACCAUCAGUAA